AUAAUCCUCAUCUCCCUUUCUAUAUAUCUAUUUAUUGGGAAGGGAGAGAGAGGGAGAGAUUGCAUAAUCAAAUUAAAGGCCCAUUUCAAGAUCUGCUAACAACCGAAUCCCCUUCAAUAUUAUCUAUCAUCAACUCCAAACUAAUCCGGGCGUAUGAUUAGCUAGCUAGCAGUGCACUUGAUAAAGUAGAUCAGAUAGAUGAAGGGCGGGUGAUUGCUAGUUGGUGAGGAUAUUAUUGAAUUAAUGCGGAAUGGAUAACUUUCAUCAUCAAAAUCCAUUCUUUCCCUCGCAACAAAACAAUGAAGAUUACUCUGAGCUGUUUUCUGCUCCUCAUACGACGACACAAACACAUGACGAUGACGCGCCCUUUUUGUUUCAGCAAGAUCCGACAUUACUCCAACAUCAAGAUCUGCAGUUCGAUGUUGGUUACUUAGAAUUAGAUGACCCAGUGGCGGCGGCAGCGCUAGAGGUGAGUAAUUAUCCCACUCCAGACAACGUUAACGCCGCCCCGAGAAACAAGGGAAAGAAGAAGCAGCAGAAACCGUGGGCGGCGGCUGGUCGGGGCCAAGGGGAGAGCAGUGCGAGUGAUGGCAAGCAGAAGAGAGUGAUUCAUAGGGACAUUGAAAGGCAAAGGAGACAAGAAAUGGCCAACCUUUAUGCUUCUCUCCGCGUUCAACUCCCUCUCGAAUACCUUAAGGGAAAACGGUCCACAUCUGAUCAUGUUAUGGAGGCGGUGAAUUACAUUGAGGACAAGCAGAAGAGCAUUAGGGAAUUGGAAGAGAAGAGGGACAGGUUAAAAAGGCUUGGUUCCAGUGGCAGUGAUGUUGUUGAUGAAGAUUAUAAUCGCAGAACUGGAAACUCAUCAUCAUCUGCAGCAGCACCAGCAAUGGUGACAGUUCAGACAUGCUUGGAUGGGGUUGAGAUAUUCAUAAAUUCUGGCUUUCCCAACCAAGGGUUUCGGAUUUCAAGGGCGCUUGAUCUACUGGUGCAACAAGGCCACCAUGUUCUUAGCUGCGUUUGCUCUAGAGUUGAUGACAGACUUCUCCACACCAUCCGAGUUCAGGUGAGUCCACAGGCAGGAGUUGAUCUUCAGGUGCUUCAACAAAAUCUGAGUGAUUCUAUUAAUCAACAGUACUGAUCCAAUUUCCAUAUACACGUACUACUACAUCAUGUAUUAAUUAAGCACGUACUGUUAUUAUGAGUAGUCCUCAUGAACGUGCAGUGCAGUGUAUGUUUAAUUUGUUUCUUUGUUUUUUCGUUUCCUAUAUAUGUAUGUUGUUCCAUUAAUUUAAUGUUGUGUAAGACAUUGCAUUUUUGCUCAUGAAUGAGGAGUUUCUGAUGGAAUUGAGGUUCUGCAAUCCUUUGUGUAUGUAUAGUAGCUUGAUAGUUUUCAUUAAACAAAUGUAUG